CAACAAAUUAUGAUUGAACUUACACCACCCACUCUUUCAUGUUCUUUGCUUUCUAUAUAUAAUGCCCACUUUCCCCUUCUCUUACAUAUCCAUCCAUCACUUUUCAACUCUCAAACCUUCAAGUCUCAUUUCUUUCUCUUUCUCUUUCUCUCACUAGAGAAUCCAAGUUUCUGUUUGGCCAAAGAGAAAAUAAUUAAUGAUGGUGGGAAAAGAUCAAGAUCUGGGUUUAAGUCUAAGCUUGAGUUCUUCUCAAAAUCAUCAUUCGCUUCAGUUAAAUCUAGGCCCAUCUCUCGUUCCAUCUUCUGCUAAUCAAUGCUAUUCUCCUUCUGAUCCAAACAUGGAAUCUUUACGGGCAGAGACUAGAUCAUUUCUUAAAGGGAUCGACGUUAACAGGCUGCCAUCCACGGUCGAUUGUGAAGAAGAAGCCGGAGUUUCAUCUCCGAACAGCACCAUAUCGAGUAGCCUGAGUGGGAAAAGGAGCGAAAGAGAAGGUAAUAACAAUGGCGACGAGCUCGAGAUCGAAAGAGCUUCUUCUCAUGGCAUCAGUGACGAAGAAGACGGUGAUACUUCGAGGAAAAAACUUAGACUUUCUAAAGAUCAAUCUGCAAUCCUCGAAGAAUGUUUUAAAAAACACAACACUCUCAACCCAAAGCAAAAGUUGGCUUUGGCUAAACAACUGGGGUUACGACCAAGACAAGUUGAAGUUUGGUUCCAAAACAGAAGGGCUAGGACUAAGCUUAAGCAAACAGAGGUUGACUGUGAGUUUCUAAAAAGAUGCUGUGAGAAUCUGACGGAGGAAAAUCGGCGGUUGCAGAAAGAAGUUCAGGAACUGAGAGCACUGAAACUCUCCCCGCAGUUUUACAUGCAAAUGAACCCACCCACUACUCUUACCAUGUGCCCCUCAUGCGAGAGGGUGGGGGUCCCACAAAACGCAUCAUCCACCGUUGAACCAAGAUCCCAUCAUCAUCUACUCCAAUCACACCAGCAGAGGCACAUAACGAUCAAUCCCUGGGCGCCAUCUGCUCCCAUCCCUCAUAGACCAUUCGAUGCUCUUCAUCCUCGAUCGUAAUAAUAAGCCAUCCAAAAGGGCAUUUCGGUCAAAAUUCCUUUUUCAAUGGAUUUUUUAGGUCUGGUUGUUAAGAAUGUGGAUUUUGUUGGGUCUUUGAUGUUUUGUAUUAAUUCGGACCCAUCCAUCCAAUCCUUUUUUGUUGUCUUUCUUUUUUUGACAUAUUUUAAUUAGUUUAAUUAAUUAAUUUUUGGUGUUAAAAUUAAUAAUUAGUGAGUCUCUAGUUGAAUCAUCCACCUUCAAUUUGAAUGGUGGGGAAAAAGCAGUUUGGUUGUAAAGUGUAAAUUCAAUCAAAGCUUAUUAGCGCAAA